AUGAGUUACCUGCAAAGAGUAGAAGAGCUAAAUAUUGAAGGCCCCUUUAGAUCGGGAGUAAUUCACUCUGGUAGGCGUGGCCGUCCUAGUUUAAACAUUACAUCUGAACAAUUGAAUUACUUCAUCAACUACCACUUCUCAAUUGCUGACAUUGCCAAAGCCUUAGGAGUAUCACAAAGUACGAUAUCCAGGCGAAUGCACCAUUAUGGACUGUCCAUCAGAGGAAAUUUACCUCCUUUAUCAGAUGCUGAACUUGAUGCCAUGAUACGGGAUAUCUUAUAUGAAUUUCUUAAUGCAGGGUAUCGGAGAGUUAUUUCGCAACUCGCUACUUCUGGUUUUAAGCCCUCACAAAUGCGAGUCCAAGAGUCUAUGCGGAGAGUGGACAUAGAAGGAGUUGCUGUACGCUGGCUGAAAUUGACGCCAAGAAGACAGUAUAGUGUAUCCGGUCCUUUGGCAUUAUGGCACAUAGACAGAAACCAUAAAUUGAUCAGGUGGCGGCUGGUUAUUCAUGGUGGAGUAGAUGGGUAUACUAGAGUCCCAGUAUAUUUAAAGUGCAGUGAUAAUAAUCGAGCGGAAACAGGUAAGAUCAGACAAGGGUGGUGA